AUGGCCAAUGAAACUGACUGCACUGAUGCCCCAACCAGCGCUCCAAGCUCUGCCUAUUAUCCUGGUCGUUUAUUGAUUGAUGUGGAUGAAGAUGCCUCCAACUCCUUCCCUCGCCGCCGCCUGUCAGGCACUGGAUCCGCUCGAGGAGGCAUGGGUUCGGGUGGUAUGAUGGGCGGAAGCAUGAUGGGCAUGAUGUCAAUGACCAUUGAAACAAACACUACUGAAACCAAUGCCACUGAUGCCCCAACCAGUCCUCCCAUGUCUAUGGGUAAGAAGAAGGGGACCAAGAAAGGGGAAGAGAAGGAUGGUAAGAUGAAGGAUGGCAAGAUGAAGAUGGCGGCCAAGAAGGAUGGCAAGAUGAAGAUGGCUGCCAAGAAGUACUCUCCCUACAACGAGACUGUGGCUGAUGGAAACGCUACAGAUGCCUCGGACAUGGGUGGCCCCAUGCUUCGUCGCGGAUUGAGCAUUGUGGAAGUGGACGAGGAAGAAGAUUCCAUGACCACCAAGAAGGGUGCUGGUAUGAUGAUGCGCUUGCGCUAACUUUGCGCUUGUGAUCCGGAAUUUGAAUGGUUCUUGUCUCGUUGGUUGAUUGAUUGGAUGUAAUUCAUUUGCAUGGGCUCUAUAUGAUUCUUACCGCCGGUCCCAUGCAUGCUCUUGGUUGUGGUUUGCUUUGUGGAGGACGUUGCCGCUUCGUUGCUUUUUGAGAGCCUCCGCUCUCUUUGGAAACGAAUGUUUUGGUCCUUUGCUGUAAGCUAAUCUAUAGUGCUGUAUUUCG